UGUAAUUAUUCUUGAACACACGGGAAUCAAGCAGAGGUUUACAAACAGUAAGCAGAACCGAGUGAAUUUCCUUGGAAAUGGUUUUUAUGGUGUAGCCUGCCAAAGUUGAAAGUGGUGUAUUUCAGUACCUCGGUGAUUUCCGAGAAACUCAGCGACAUGUCUGUAUUUCGAUGGAUCAGACCAACCAAGCUACUGAAAUCAAAGCGGCUCUGGAUAUUGUUGAUUCUUGCGCUCUCUUCAGUCGGUGUCUAUUUGUUUGGCUUAUCAACGCAGCCUUAUGAAUUAAAUGAAAUACAUGUACAACAACCUAUAGCGACAGAACAAGAUUUUGCCGAGCAAACGGCACGGGUCGAUGAUAAAGAAAAAACAGCGCGGAAAAACCUCAUCAUUGUGUCGCAUGGCCGCUCGGGAUCCACCCUGACAGGCGAUAUUUUCAACCACCAUCCUUCUGUGUUUUACAUGUACGAGCCAUUACAAACGCCGAAGCGAAUUCAGAAAAAGAAAACGAUUAAUGAUUCGGGAUACAACAGUCUCGCUACAGAGUUUCUGACCGGCGUAUUUCGCUGUAAGUUCGAAGACCCAGAUAUCUUGGAUGACAUUGAGGGGUAUUACCGAAAACCCGAGCAUCCACGCAUAAGCCAGUCUAUCGGAUCGCCUCCAUUGUGUCCUUAUCAGAUGACAGACCCAAAAUGGAGUCCGAAGCAUUGCGUGCCCAUGACUAACGAGGUAUUGGGAAGUGCUUGUAAGGACGCUUAUGAUUUAACCGUUCUGAAAAUUCUCAUGUGGCGCAUUCCUAAGAAUAGCAUCGAGACCAUUUUGACUGCUUGCAGUGCCCCAGAUGUCGACUGCAAGGUUAUCUUUCUAGUAAGGGAUCCCCGCGCCAUGAUCCCGUCCUCGAAAAAAAUCGGCUUCUUUGGAGAACAAGGACCUCCGAACGCUUACUUAGGAACGCGACUCUACAGUCAAGAGCGAUGUGCACAAACAGAGGAAAACCUGGAGUUGGUCAGACGUUUACCAGAUUCACUAAGGGAUCGGAUCAAGCUUCUUCGAUAUGAGGAUCUGGCAACAAACCCGCUCAAGGUGCUGGCAGACAUUUACGAAUUUGCUGGGUUACCUGUGUUGGAGAGCGUGCGCACUUGGCUGAACAAAACCACGCGCUCAAGUAGGAACGCCUGUAAUUAUCGGUUGGACGGAGGCCCAGUCACGUGCACUAAGGAUGAUGCAUGGGCCGCAGCAAAUCGAUGGAGAUGGACUGCACAUUUGCAAGAAAUUAAUAUUAUUGAACGCUACUGUGGACGCGUGUUAAGUCUUAUGGGAUACAGGCCAGCGAAUGGGUCCAAUGAGCUGCUGACAAACCGGAAGAUUGCACUCUUUAGUGAUGACUAUGAAGCUAAACAUUGGUUCUUACAUUGAACUAAAUUUACGCGACUCUAGCUACUGGUUACUACUGAUAAAAAAUAAAAAUAUACUAGGUAACUUUAAUUUAACUGUCGAAUGUAUUUAGCGCUGUUGAGCUGUAAAUAAAUAAACAAAUAUUUCAAAUAUAAUAUAAACUAUUAAGAAUCCCAACCGGUGGGAGGAUGACCAAUUGGCUGUUACUUAUAAGAGAUAGUCUAAUUCUGUAGCCACUUCGUCAAAGGAGAAGAUGGAUUCCAGGUGAACCUACACUUCUACGCGCAUGCAUAAACUCAUUUUACGCGAACUUGCACUCCAAAUGGGACUAAUUAUCUCCUAAUUUCCAUACCACGGAAGCUGGAACGUCUAAAAGAAACAAAGCGCCUAGAGAAUUUGCCCUUUUUGAAAAUUAACUAAUCGCCCUAGGCUCCGACAUAGAGCCGAUAUAUCGUAUUUUGCUGCAUCGUUAUCUUGUAAUUAACCAAAAGGCGGUGUUUACAAUGAUAACUAACCUCUGCAGUGCUUUCUUUACUCUAUAAGAUGAACUUAACUCCAGGUCCCAGUUGUUCGAAAGGUGGAUAACGUUAUUCGCCGACUAAACCACUAUGUAGUGGAUUAGUGUUAACAAAACAAACCACGCUAUCCGCUGGAUAGUGAUUUAUUCGAUGGAUAGCGUUAUCCACCUCGUUUCGAACAACCCGGGCCAGCUGUUUUGAGUGCUUGUUUUCCCCGAGUAGGUCGACUCCAGGUCAUACUUAUUUGCCCCCUGAGCAUCCCAUAAUAGCUAUUUGAAAUUGUUAGAAUUCAAAAUGGCCGCCGCGCGUAUUGCCGAAAAGGUCCAUUACACUUAAUCAUUAUUGUACUUCACCUCGAUAAACAACUGCAACUCUUCUUACGACAUGCAUUUUUUUUGUUGGUGUACGGAACGUUAAUGAAGAAAUGUUCGAAUUAUUCAUUUGAAAUUGCAAAUGUUACGUGGGUAUAAAGUUGUAUAAGUGGCUGAAUACAGGAAU